AUGGCCAAAAGACAAAAGGAUCUCGAAGAUUGGAAAAUCGUUUUAGAUGAUGAUGAGCCAAGUGACCCAUCAACUCCAUCCAGAAGAAGCCGCAGAAAUGCCGUUAGAGGUGCAUCCACAAGUGUCAAAUUACAUAGAGAAACAGAUGAUACGCAUCUUGAAGUUGGCAAUUGUGUAUUGAUAAACGGACAUUCUCGAACGCAAAGAAGCGGCAACUCUUUUUAUGCUGUAAUCAUGGAUAUCCAGAUUGGUGUUAAGAAUUUCCUCGACUUACAAGUGGUACCACUUGUUCAUAUCAAAAAUGUUAGAUCUGAUGAUCUUCCACCAGAGUAUAGCAAUGCGGAGCCUGCAAACGAGGUCUUUGUCACAUCAGAACUCGAGUUUGUUCAGUUGAAAGAUUUCGUUGAGAAGAUUCAGGUGUUGAACAAGUCAGAUUACUCUGAGAUAGCUACAGAUGAUACAUCAACAUCCACCAUUUUCCUCUGUCGACGUGGAUGCGAUCGAUUCAAGGAAAAAUUCAGCAGUGAAUUUGAUUUUAAAGACUGGCAAGCUUUGGUAAAGAAGAACUUUAACCAUGCACUUAACUAUAUAGCAGAGAUGACUCUGGUGAUUGUUUCCCCUACAAAAGCGAACCGCAAGACUCGAUCUUUAAAACUGCAGUUAGAACAAGUUCUGUCCCCACUGAGAGGGAGAUACAGUAAAAUGUUUGACAGCGACACAUCAGAAAGUGAAGUUCUGGAAACUGAGACUGAGACUGAGGAGAAACUCAACGAAGAAGAAAAUGAAAUGGACGACGAAAUAGAGGAGCCGGAAGAAGCAGUGAAGCAAAAAACACCUAGAAAAAGAUCCUCAAAAUCAGCGACUACUACGCCCUCCCCUCGCAAAAGAUCAAAAAGAGACAAUGAAGCAGUAAAGCGUUUACAAUCUGUACUUUCGCCUCUUAAGAAGGGAUUUAAAGUGAAAUCCGGCUCCACCAUCUCGAGCUUGCCAUCUUUGUCCCGUGCAGUUGACAAAUCCGAUGCAAGCAAGCACCUGAUGAUAGAUACAUCUUCUGAAGCGUUUAAGCAGUUGAAAGAAAAAUUACACACUUCCACCCGAAUUGAUUCUUUGCCAUGCCGAGAAGAUGAAUUUACUUCUUUACUUUUAACUUUGGAGACAGCAGUCAGAGAAGAAACUGGAUGCAGUGUAUACGUUAGUGGAACACCCGGAACAGGAAAAACUGCUACAAUCAAAGAGGUUAUUGCGAGCUUGAAGGAGAUAGUAUCUUAUGAUGGGCUACGCGAGUUCGACUUCUUGGAAAUUAACUGUCUCAAGCUUCUUACCCCGAAUUCCGCAUAUGAGAAGUUUUGGGAGUAUUUAAGUGGUAUAAAAGUAACACCCUCCAAUGCAGCCCUACUUUUAGAAGAAUACUUCAGCAGAGAUGUUCCUGAUCCAGACAGGAAACCAUUGAUUGUAUUGAUGGAUGAACUUGACCAGAUUGUAACGAAGAAUCAGAAUGUCAUGUACAACUUUUUCAAUUGGCCCACAUAUGCCAAUGCAAAACUUAUCAUUAUUGCUGUUGCAAAUACGAUGGAUUUACCCGAGCGUUUGCUCUCCAACAAAAUAUCAUCGCGGUUAGGUCUUCGGCGAAUCCAGUUUGUUGGUUAUACUUACGAACAACUAGGGCAGAUAAUCAAACAGAGAUUGGAAAUGCUUGCCGAGAAGAAUAAAAGAAGAGUGACAGUAAGCCCAGAUGCAGUGGGAUUUGCCUCGAGAAAAGUUGCUAGUGUCAGCGGAGAUGCAAGAAGAGCAUUGACAAUUUGUCGCCGAGCUGUCGAAAUUGCGGAAUCGGAGUACUUGGCUACUGCUAAAGACACUGAAAAACUUCCUGAAAGUGAUCAAGAAUAUUCCAUCCAAAUCAGCCAUAUCUCAAAAGCCAUCAACGAAACUACAAAUACACCAUUGGCUAAUUUGGUCAACUCUCUAUCUUUUGCGUCAAAGCUUGCGUUGGUUAGUGUUCUUUUAAGAACAAGGCGCACAGGCUUGGCGGAAAACACAUUUGGUGAUAUAUGCGACGAGAUGAGAAAUACUCUCCGUUUGCUCACAGCAAAGGAAAGUUCCUCAGCUUUGAACGAGAUUUCGUCCUCUGCUUCUUACAUUGAUUUACUCUACAGCCAUGGCGUGUUGCAUGAUAGUCCCCAGUCGUUAAACAUUCGCGUGUUUAAGAUGGCAGAAAUUAUCAAUGAAUUGGUGGAACAGGGGAUUCUAGUCCAACAGAACAUUAGAAGCGAGAGAUACAGACUAAUUCAUCUAAACGUGUCUGGUGAAGAAGUUGAAUCAAUUCUCAAAAGAAAUGCAGAAGUAGCAGCUAUGUUAUGA